ACCCAAAAAAAAAAAAAAAAACCUGGCUCCUGGCUGCAUCCGGAAACCGACGGGCCGGCAGGAAAUGACGCAGCAGAAGUCGUCCGCAUCCGCUCGGUCACCGGCCCCCAGCGUCGGCCCUGCCCUCCCCACACACACCCCCCCCGUUCCCGGAGAGGAAGCCUCCCGAGCUAGCGAGCGGCGCCGGCGUCCCUCGCUGUACCUCCGCAGCCCGCCGCCUCCAUGGCUGGCAGCUACGGUGUGAUGGGUGAUGAUGGCUCUAUUGAUUACACUGUUCAUGAAGCAUGGAAUGAGGCCACCAAUGUCUACUUGAUAGUGAUCCUUGUCAGCUUCGGCCUCUUCAUGUAUGCCAAGAGGAAUAAAAGGAAAAUUAUGAGGAUUUUUAGCAUACCACCUACAGAAGAGACUUUGUCAGAGCCCAGCUUUUAUGACACAAUGAGCAAAAUCCGUUUACGACAACAGCUGGAAAUGUAUUCCAUUUCAAGAAAGUACGAGUGUCAGCAGCCGCAGAGCCAGGCUGACAGUGUGCAGCUGUCCUUGGAGUGAACCUUAAAGCAAGCAGCAGAAGGGCCAUGAAGCCGGGCGGCAGCAGCUCCUCAUCCCUCCACUAAAUCAUGAACAUUGUGUGAAACACUUGUCUGGAUAAAAUCAUUUUACUUAGGACAUAUCUUUUUUAUUAUUAUUUUUAUAUUUUUUUGUUUUGCUUUCUAUUCAAUUGCAUCUUCCAGGACUUGUUGCUUAAGUACAAAAGGCUCAGAAGACACUCUGUGACCAGAAAUGGUCACUUUCCUCUAUGUGGCCCUGUGAUGUCUUCAGGACACAAUCAAUGGAAAGUAAAAACAUAUCUUUGGAAGCAAGAAUUCUGGAGGUUAUGACACCUUGACUAGAUUAUUUUGGCAAAGUUCAAGUGUGAAAGUGUAGUCAUUGCUCUUGGCUUAUUACCAUUGUCAAUGGCUCUCAUUGAAUUAGCGGACUUUCCUUCUUUGGGACGUGUGUGGUACACCACAGGACCUGCAGUCUCUGCACGGAGCCUUCCGUAAGUGCACUUGCUCCCUUAAUCCUCUUCCCAGGCAUGGUUUGAGUUCGAUUCUGAUUUCCCCAGUUUCACUGCCACCAUGAGGCUGCGUGAGCCACACUGGGGCCAGGCUGUUAGACAAAAGGAUGCCUCUUGCUUUCAGGAAAUGUCACUGUUACUGUCUAGUUUCUUGUACUUAAGCAUGUGUGCCGAAGGCCUACCUGUCUUGUACCAUUUGUCUAUACAAUGAAAUAUUUUUACCUAAUUUUUCCCAUUUAUUCAAAUAAAUAUGUAAUGAUAGGGAAUUCAACUGCCUGUAUAAUUCAAAGGCUGUGGUUUUGAAUUGAAGCUAUUCUGUGACUUUUUGUGUGGGUGCUGGGCAUCUAAGUUCAGGUCCUCGUGUUUGUGCAUAGAACACAUCACUGAUGAACCAUCUCCACAAAGUAAAGCUAUUCUUUAAUUUUUA